AUGAACAGAUCCAGUACCUCCGUGGUGGAGAAAAUGUGCAACAGUGACGCAAGAUGGCAGCCACUACGGGCUCGGACAAUUUAUGAAAACCGAAUAUACAGCCUUAAAAUAGAAUGUGGACCUAAAUACCCAGAAGCACCCCCCUUUGUAAGAUUUGUAACAAAAAUUAAUACGAAUGGAGUUAAUAGUUCUAAUGGAGUGGUGGACCCAAGAGCCAUAUCAGUGCUAACAAAAUGGCAGAAUUCAUAUAGUAUCAAAGUUGUCCUGCAAGAGCUCUGGCACCUAAUGAUGUCUAAAGAAAACAUGAAACUCCCUCAGCCACCUGAAGGACAGUGUUACAGCAAUUAA